AGAAUUUUGUUUUUUACCGUCAUUCAACAGACUCAGCUGAAGGGAAGUAGCGCAACCACGUCCAGAAGCCACGUCAGCUGAUAUAGAUAAGAUGACCGUCAACCGAUGAAAUGGAACCAGAAGGCCGGACGAGGUCAGGGGCCAAUAGGAGUAGCAGUAGGCGAGGCCCGCGCUCUGAUUGGCGGAGCAGCAACCAAUCAGGGGGCACCAAUUCCUCCGCCAACCAGUACUCCUCCAGUGACGAGGAGUGUGACGUCAGAAGCAGCGGACGAGGCUACCGGGCGUCUCAGAGAACAGAUAUCCCAGUGGGCAGUUUUCGUCUCCAGUGCCUUCUACCGAGAACACGUGACCGUAGCAGCAACCGUUCCCGCGCCACCACUCCACUGAGCCACACCUCAGAGCCUGACCUGGGAGACCCGCCCUCUCUCGGGUCCCUUCACGACACCGCCCAUAACAACCUCUCCCACUAUCGAGGCCAGUACGCCCCCUCCUCUAACGGCCCUGGGGGAGGUACGGGAGGCGGCGGUGGAGUAGGUGGAGGAGGAGGAGGUGGUGGCGGUGGUGGAGGGUCAGACGCCACCUCAGCUGCCGUCAUGAACCAGCUGGGAUCAGGUCAUGGGAAUUACUACCAUGAAAUACCAGCAGGCGGCCUCCACUACGCGAACCACCUCGAUGAGUACGACUCCCCCGUUAUGAAGGGGGGCGUAAGUUCCCCCAGGGGCGCCGCAUGCAGGCCGGGGGGUCGUCUCUCUCCUCGUCUGACAAUAAUUCGGAUACGACUUAUGCUGAGAGCGACAUCAACUCCAGCUUGAGGGCGAAGAUGGCGGCUCUAGACAAUGACGCGGCCGGCACCCCCCCAGACCCCGCCCCCCGGAGGUGCCCAUCCGCGGCCCCUCCCACCACCAUCCACUCCUGGCGGCCAACAGAAGGGCGGCGGGGGUCUCUCCGCCAACAGCACCAACCCUCCCGUGGCGCCCCCUCCCCCCACUACCCGGACCACCACCCAGACGAUACCUACCAGCAGCCUAAUUUCCUCUCCCAAGAGUAUUUGAUGAGUGGCAACAGUCCUCGGUAUGGCAGCGGCACGGCACCAAAGUCCCCAGGAGGAGGCGCCCCGAUGCUCUACGGCUCCACGCCCACACCUGAUUACUUGUCCGUCAAUAACUCCCAGCCCAGGCUGUUAGGAACUCUCGGUUCUCAGAAGGGCUCCAUUGCCCCAGGAACCGGUCCCCUGACGCUGCCCGCGGUCAGGAACGACCUAGCGCUUGGUUCCGCUGCCUCCUUCUCCGGCCGAGGCCUCCACUUGGGCAAGACGUGGCGGGAAAGAUGCUCGUGGAAGUGCACUUCCAUUGCCCUCAUCAUCUUGUGCGCCAUCCUCACCGCCCUCGUCGCCUACUUCGCCGCUAUGGCAAGCCUCGACAGCGGGACCAAAGGAUGCAUCGUGGUGGAGGACGCAGCCAAAGUCAUCGCCAAGGGAGCGGAUACGAACGAGGCUGAGACCACAACACGACCCACUCAGAUACAUCCUGAGGAUCGCCAAGCCUACUCCCCGCCGCUGACUACCACCCUGGCCCGCGCCCCGAAGCCUGACACUGGAAGCACGGAGCUCACGCGGCUGAGGGAACUGAACCGUCGCUAUGUCAACAAGAUCCCGCCCAGAGGUUACUGGAAUGCACAGUUUGACGUUAAGCAGCCCACCUUUAUGAGGUUCAACUUCACUGUGCCGAGAACCGCUCACCUAGCCAUCUAUGGGCGGCGAAACGUGGCGCCCUCCAUCACCCAGUACGACUUCGUGGAAUUCAUCAAGAGUGGGCGGCCCGGAAGAAUCAAGCGAGAGGCAGAUUGGGUCUCGCCGGAGUCAAGCACAUCUUCCUCCUCUUCCUCCUCCUCUUCCUUCUCGUCCAUGGUGACCUCCUCCCCCUCGCAGGACUUGGUGGAGGUGUACCCCGUCCCUCACAGCAGCCAUCUUGACCUCCACCUGGGCUUCAAGGAUGACCUCGACCACCUGUUGCUUGCUAAGGACGCUGAGGAUUCACGUGAAGUCCUGCACGCGGAUGAUGAGGACGUGGAGGAGCCUCUCGCCCUGCCUUCCGUGUUUCGUGAGCGGCGCUUCAUCCAUGACCGCGGCGUGAACGUGACACUGGUGGAGUACCUGGACACGGGAACCUGGUACCUGGCUAUUUAUAACGACGGUAUUGGCUGGAACGAGGUUGAGUUGUACCUGGGCGAGGAACCAGAUCUACAGUCAGCGUGCCCUAAUGACUGCAGCAACCACGGCUCCUGCGCGCUGGGUCGCUGCGAGUGUGUGCCGGGCUGGGUAGGCGAGGACUGCUCCAAGAGUUUGUGUCCGGUCCUGUGCAGUAACCACGGCACUUACGGGGGCGGCCUGUGUCACUGUGAGCCCGGAUGGAAGGGAAGGGAGUGUGACAUUCCGGAGACCGAUUGUGAGGUGCCGGAUUGCGGGGGUCACGGUUCCUGCGUCUCCGGAUCCUGUGUGUGUGAGCCGGGCUGGAAGGGCGACCAUUGCGAGAUUGUGGACUGCGUGGACCCCACCUGUCGCGGGCACGGCUGGUGCGUGGAGGGCAGGUGUGUGUGCCGCGCUGGCUGGACUGACGCGAACUGUUCCACAGUGGACCACAAGGUGUUCACAUGCCUCCCAGACUGCUCGGGUCACGGCCACUACGACCUGCACACCUCAGCCUGUGUGUGUGAGACCAUCUGGACAGGACCUGACUGCUCGGAAGCUCGGUGCAGCCUGGAGUGUGUUCACGGGGAAUGCGACAAGGGCGGCUGCGAGUGUGAGGCGGGAUGGACAGGUGAGAGAUGCGACCAGAGAGCAUGCGAUCCGCGCUGUAACCUCCACGGCCAGUGCCACAACGGAACCUGCGUGUGCGUGCAAGGCUGGAACGGAAGACAUUGCACUAUACCUGGGUGCGAGAAUGGAUGUUCUGGCCACGGGAUGUGCACCACAGUGGAGGGACAGUACCGGUGUGAGUGUUCUGCGGGCUGGACGGGACCUGACUGUUCUGUGCAGCUUGAAACGGUGUGUGAUGACGAUACGGAUAAUGAUGGAGAUGGUCUUGAGGACUGCUCAGAUUCGGAAUGCUGCUCUUCCGACGCCUGUGUGGAGCAUGUAAUGUGUAUGGUGUCGAGUGAUCCUGUGGAGGUACUUCUACGUAAGCAGCCGCCCGCCGUCACCGCCUCCUUCUAUCAGCGGGUGAAAUUUAUCAUCGAGGACUCCAGUGUUCAGAGCUUCGCGCAAAAGGACGAGUUUAGUGAAAGGCGAGUGGCUGUCAUCCGCGGCCGAGUGGUGACGCCGCAGGGCCAAGGCAUCGCCGGGGUGCGCGCCAGCGUCGACAAGGAGUCCCGCUUCGGCCUCACCGCCACCAGGAAGGGAGGAUGGUUCGAUGUGAUGGUUAACGGAGGCGGCGCUGUGACCCUGCAGUUCCAGCGCAUCCCGUUCGAGCCCCUUACGGUGACUGUGCCCGUGCCGUGGAACCAGAUUGUCGUGGUGGACCCAAUAGUCAUCAGGUUCAAGGGCGAGGAGGCGCACGAGGACCGAGACAGAGCAAGCGAGGGCAGUGUGGGGUCGUGGGGUGAGCCUUGCCUGGAGCAUGACCACAGCAAGAUGGUACCCCAGGUAGUGUCCACGUACCUGCCUCACACCGUCGGCGGCGCUCCUUCACCUGCCUGUUGUGUUCACGGAGACUCAGCGUGUCCGGGUACCUUUCCACCCCUCCUCCUGCAGCUAACUCCUGUAGAAGUGCCGGCAGCUUUGUCCAUGGUGCAUCUGAAGGUGACUCUCGAAGGAUCAGUGUUCGAGAAGGUGUUUGAAGCUGAUCCGAACAUUACCUACACCUUCACCUGGAACAAGAGAAACGUAUACAAGCAAAAGGUAUACGGAGAGGCGACGGCGCUGCUUUCCGUGGGCUACGAGUACGUGACCUGCUCCAGCAUCGUGUGGGAGACGCUGACGGCGACGCUGCACGGCUUCCACAUGGACAUCUCAGACGUGGGCGGCUGGAACCUGGAUAUUCACCACAUGUACAACUUUGAGGCGGGUCUGCUGCAGCGUGGUGACGGCUCCACCAUGAGUCUCCGGGAGGCGCCGCGGCUCGUCACCACUCUCAUGGGCACGGGGUCGCAGCGGCAGAUGGUGUGUCGUCACUGCUCGGGUCUCGCCAGCGACGCCCAGCUCCUCACCCCUACCAGCCUCGCCUCGGGACCUGACGGCUCGGUGUAUGUUGGGGAUUUCAAUCUUGUACGAAGGAUAACGCCAGACGGGAUGGUUUACACGCUCCUACAGCUCAGCGCCACCAGAGUCUCCUACAGCUACCAGAUCGCCGUGUCGCCAGCAGACGGGCAGGUGUACGUGAGUGACCCCGAGAAAUACAAGGUGUUACGGGUGCUCUCCCUGCAGGACGUGACGGAACCUUCCACUAAUUCGGAAACAGUGGCUGGUAACGGAGAGAGAUGCAUUCCUGGUGACGAGCGGCACUGCGGGGACAGAGGCUCGGCGAAGAAGGCGCGGCUGGCGCACCCCAAGGGCCUGGCCAUCGCCGCGGACCGGACCAUGUACAUCGCGGACGGCACCAACAUCCGCAUGGUGGACCCCGAGGGCAUCAUCCACACGCUGAUCGGCCACCACGGGCACAAGACUCGCUGGCGGCCGCUGCCCUGCCGGGGUGGGCUGCCGGCGAGCCAGGUGGAGCUGCAGUGGCCCACGGGUCUGGCUCUCUCCCCCCUGGAUGGCUCCCUGCACAUCUUGGACGACCACGUGGUGUUGCAGGUGACCGGGGACGGCUCCGUGCGGGUACGUGCCGGCACGCCCCUGCACUGCCACGCCAACCUGGACCGCCCCCUCAUUGGAACCAUCACGGGUCUGGCGUUCGCUCCUUCGGGCUCACUCUUCCUGACUGAGGAGGACGCCCACAAGCACCACUCCGUUAUGGAACUCACGCCCUCAGGACAGCUGCGGCACUUCGCGGGCGCCAAACCGGACUGUGGGUGUGUUGACAGCGACGAUUGCACCUGCCCCGCCGAGGACGACAAGAUCCCCCUGUCCACCACCACGGUACUGGGCCUGGUGUCUGCCAUCACGGUGUCUCCUGAAGGCGUCGUGCACGUAGCUGAUCAGAAAGCCCUCAAGAUCCUCAGCUUCCGCCACCACCUACCUGACGACGACCAGGAUGGGGACUUCAAGGUGGCGUAUCCACGGACCAAUGAGCUGUACGUGUUCAACCGCCACGGACACCACAUCGAGACUCAGGACUUGGUAACGGGAAGGACCCUCUACUCCUUCCUCUACUCCAAGAACACGUCCUUCGGCAGGCUCUCCAAGGUCACGGACUCCUCGGGCAAUAAGGUCAUGUUCCUGCGUGACUAUAACUCCGCCGUGAGUCAGAUUGAGAACACCAUGGGGGAGAAGUUCUCGGUAACCAUAAGUCGCGUGGGUCUCAUGACGAGGUUCUCAGAAAGGCCUGGACGCAUCUAUGACUUCACCUACGACUACGACACGGGCCUCCUGCUGGCGUCGACCUCCCCUGGCCGCCUCACUUAUGUCUACGAGUAUGAUGCCACGGGCCGCCUGGUGACCGUGGUGGCGCCGACGGGCACUCGUGUGGGCGUGGACUCGUGGAUGGGCGGUGAGGGGGCGCGCAGAAGCCUGAGUGUGGGCGUGGGAGGGAAUCAGGGUGAACACAACGCCUACACUCUCACACUUACUGGCAACUCCAAGGCCGUGUUCCAGCAGGGUGAAGUAACAUCUGACCUACGUGUGUGGGCCAAUGGUACCUGGCGCCAAGCUCUUCCCUGGGGAGGCUAUGCCCGCGCCCUCGCCACGGCCUCCUCGCCCCUGCUUGAGGUAUCGCUACCCACCCAGGCCAGCCUCCUUCCCGCCGUCCACCGCUACGAGGUCGCCAUGGCCCCAGGACCCCCCAACGCUCUCACUAUUAGCUAUGGGGUCGGGGAGCGUCGCCGUCAGGAGCGUGUUGUGGAGACUGUCUUGCUGGUGAACGGGUCUAGGGUGCUACGUAGGGCGUGGGACGGCACCACACACACGGAGUCACUCACAGACGGCUCCAGUAACCCUCUGCUUCGCCUCACCUAUGAUCACAAUGGGCACCCGACGUCACUCACACUGGGCAACUGGCUGUCCUCUCUCAACGUGACCUACGACAGGUUCGGUAGGACGGAAUCGCGACAGUGGGACUGGUCAGUUGAAACUUAUGAAUAUGAUGAUCACGGUCUUCUGUCCACUGUUUCCUCCCACACUGCCCACACCACGCGCUACACCUUCGGCGACACCCGCUUGCCUGCCACCAUGACCCUUCCAUCUGGUCGAUUGUGGCGCCUGCAUUACGACGAACGCGGAGGACUCAAGUACAUCACCACGCCUACAGGAUCCGCCCACUUCUUCUCCCUCCAACCUUCCUUCGGGUGGUUUGUCUUCUCGUAUACUCCGCCAGGCUCCACGCACUCCUAUAGACAGUAUCUGGACCAUGCAGGCCGCCUACUUCUCACUGCCUUCCCUGCCGUGUCCGCAAAGGUUCUCUACACCUACACAGAGGCUGGGCAGUUGAAGGAAAUCGUGUCCGGUGAUGGAAAGACUGAGUUUGCAUACGGUUCUGACGGUCUGUUGUCGGAGAUCACCCAUGAGGAGGUUGAGUUGGAGUACAAGAUGGAUAUGCUCUAUGACGGUCGACUGCUUCAAGAACACCGCAUUGACUACGGCGCCAGAACGGGACUGAGCAACGUCAAGUUUACAUAUGAGUAUGAUUCCAACUUCAGAGUGACGAGCUUUGCCGGGCGUAUUGGUGGCCAGAACCUUCUGCCAUUCACGUAUGCCUACAACCCCAUCACUGGAGGACCUUCAAGCAUCGGCCGCUUUACCGUAACGCGGAAUGAACACAGUGAGACAACGAUCCAUGAUGGCACUGCAAUCUUCUCCCGGCAACUGAACUCCCACCUGCACGUGUCCCAAUCCUCUGUCACCAUCCACAACCGGGAAGUGUUCAAGCUGCAGAUCUUCUACAACUCAGACGGGAAGAUCAAUCAGACCAUGACCUUCACACCAAACUUCCACAACAAGCCAUACACCAACACGCGGAACUACACCUACGAUGCAGACGGUCAACUCAUCAGUGUGGAGGCCAAGGAGCCGUGGAGCUUUUCCUAUGACACCAAUGGCAACAUGCUGUCCCUCACCUACUCCACCAACACGAUCCCAAUGAAGUAUGACUCACAGGAUCGGAUCGUCAAGUUCGGUGAGGGGGUCUACCGCUAUGACUCCCGCGGGGCUAUCGUCCAGAACGCUCGCGAAGUGACCUACCACUACAACGCAAGGGGUCUUCUUGUACGUGCCGCGAAGUCAGGUCGUUUCAACAUUCGCUAUCUGUACGACCACGAGGACCGCCUGGUGGCCCGCAAGGAUAACUUUGGGAAUGUGACACAGUUCCUGUAUACCGACCAGCGUCAUCCGGAUCAGGUGACCCACAUCUACAGCCCACGUGACGGUAACCUCAUCACGCUGGUGUAUGACGACCGGGGGCACAUCAUCUUCGCACAGGUCUAUCGGAAGAAAUACUACAUCGCGACGGACGAGUGCGGAACCCCGGUGAUGGUGUUCAACCAGUACGGGGAAGUAGUGCGGGAGAUGAUGCGAUCCCCUUACGGCCACAUCAUGUACGAUUCGAACCCUUAUCUUUACCUACCUGUGGAUUACUGCGGUGGGUUUACUGGAGACGCGUACGGAUUGGUGCAUAUGCCUCGUGGACGGAUUUACGAUCCACUAAUAGGUCAAUGGCUGUCACCGUCGUGGGAGGAUGUAUUGCAGAACUUACUGAACCCCGCCAAGCUGUCCCUUUACCGCUUCAAUGGCAACGACCCCAUCAACGUUCACCUCACCCACUGGAAGAACUACGAUUACAAGGCUUGGCUGUCGCGCCUCGGUUAUAACCUGGAGAGCCUCGCCCCGCAGCUGGCGUGGGCGUCCAGCACUAAACGCCCACCCCCGCCCACACUCUGGCAGGCCUUCACACGCACGCCCAACCUCCCCAUGCGUGCUGCCGCCUCGCCCUUCACCGAGGCAAUCCUCCUCCUCCUCCUCCUCCUGCAGGUGAAGAGUGUCCGGUGCGUCAGCGGCUUGGUGCUCACCCUGGAAGAAGCCGCCCGCACCACCGCCCGUCUCUCCACCCUCACGCCCACGCUUCUCCGUCACGACUUUUGGCCCCAGAAUCACCAGGUGGAGAUCUCGACAGUGCCAGGACCUUUUGGAGAGGGUCUGCUGGUUUCGUCAGUGGAAGGACGCGCCAUGGUCACCCCAACAGACCACGCCAACCCAAUCUUCAGAGACGUUCUCACCUCAGUCUUCAAUAACUCUCUACUCCUCGACAUCACCGUCACGUACCACAAUACACACGUGUUCUACUUCGUCAAGGAGAACUUUUGGAAGGCCGCGGAGGACAUGACGCAACUGCACCGUCUUGGAGGAGAGGUCAACAUUACUGCCCAUGAAUCUUCCAACUCCCAGCCUCUUACUCCGAGCGAUGAGGGUACUGACAAAUUCGUGGACGUGAAACUACACAGCGCCUCUGCAGUUAUCCACAUCCGCUACGGCACCACCAUCCAGCAGGAGAAGAAACGCCUCCUGAGACACGCAAAGAAGUUGGCCGUCCGCCGCGCCUGGGCAGAGGAGAGAGAACGCUUGUCCUCGGGUCUGCCUGGGACUGUCGAGUGGUCCUCCAGCGAGACCGAGGAACUCCUGUCUCGUGGGUCUGUCAGCAGCUACACGGCGCGCUACCUCCACCCGCCAGAGACUUAUCCAGCGCUGCUCGACGACCCCACCAACGUCCGCUUCUUCAAGGACACCAAGAGGACCAGACGGAACUCCAAGACCCGCCGAAGGUCCCACCGCUGCCGCAAGUGGUGGAGGGGCCUCUGCUAGCUCCUCUCCGGCCUCCCUCCGCCCUCCCGUCGUCGUCUCUCUCUGUGGUUCCUCCCUUUCUGCGGCCAAAAAGGUGGUGCAUGGAAGAAUUAACACACACACACACACACACACACACACACACACACACACACACACACACACACACACACACACACACACACACACACACACACACAUUACAUGGGAGAGGAAAACUUAUUAGCACUUCUCGACUUGAACAUUUCGUCCGGUUGACUUUCCUCCCGCGUAAGAGAGACAGAGAGAGACAAGGAAGAGGAGGAAGAGGAAUGAGAGAGGAGCAACAGACUCGUCCUCACUUGUUGCCACUCGUUCCUCGCCCGACGGCCGGGGGGGUGGUGGGCGAGGCGGUGCGUGACCGGACUGGCCAGCGCCUCGCUCCGCUCGUGUCUACGGCCGUGGCUGUGAGGAGAGGCCAGUAUCUACAGCACCUACGAAAACACAAGAUUCUUUUUUAAACCCACUUCAAACGUAAUUACCGUAUGUUAAAACUUCCACGAUGAAGACUGACGCGAGUGUGUCUUGGACGGAAAAAAAACUCCCCCGGGCAGAAAGAGAAGACAGUUUUUUUCUCUCUCCUUUAUCGUCCGUUAAGUGUUUUAAAAAGUGAAUCCAAAAUACAGAAGAAAAGUGGAGUGAGGAGACUAUUCCAGGAACGCAGACCCGCGAGAAACUUGUAGUCGUGGCUUGAAUGUGAGUGGCGGCGGCGGCGCGAGGUUGCGGGGUGCCGGGGCCAGGCUCCCGCGGGGCCGGCGGAGGGUCACGAGCGGCGCCGCGGAAUGUCUCCGGUGACUAGCAGAUGCGACGCCCGACGUAAAAAAUAAAAUAGGUUUCGAUUGACAAUGAAAAUGGACGAGUGUCGUUUAGCUACCGAGUAAGUGUGAGUGAGUGAGUGCGUGUGCCUGUGUUGCUUGCCCCGACCCGCCCCGCCUUACUGUGGCUGCUCCGCCCUCCACGACACUGCAGUGGCAAGACGCGUCACUGGAGCGCCAUGCGAGCCUCAGUCCCUCAGUGCAGACCGUGGGUGUCGAGGAGCUUUACCCUCCCCUCAUGCCCACUCCUACAGUAGCUGCUGCAAAUGUAUAUGUCUGUUUACGCAUAUGUAUGUGACUUGUAUACAUAUGUAGAGUACUCCGGCAGCCCCCAGGAGGCGCGGGUUGCCCUCUCGCAUCGCACUCCACCGAGCAACAUUAUCAGUGUCCGCACCUCAGUCAGCUUACCUUUAUGUAUUUUUUAUAUAAGAUUCAUCACCGACCAGGCAGUGUCUCAGGCGCCGCGCCCCUCCACGCCCCUCCAUGCCCCCACCCCCACCGCAGCCCCGGAUCCAUCGUGCAGUUCUUGGCGGUGUUAUAAAGAAUUUUAUUUUUCACUUUUAUCAAAUGUUCAACCAAAGAUAUUAGUGUAUUUUAUUUUAUUAUGUGUAUGUAUGGAUGUAUGUAUGUAUAAUAAUAAUAUGUAUGUUGUAAUGUUUUUCGUCACUUCCUCGAUCACUCGCGCGGCCCCGCGGCAACACGGCGCGAGGAAGGCACAUUCCACCCUCAUUUCCUCACCUGCCGCCACCAGCAGCGGGGGCGGGCGUCGCCACGAGCCUGGGGCACUGCGGGGCGAGGAUAGGGGCGGGGCGCUCGGCCCCCAAGGCCCCGCCGCCCCGGCCCGCCAGGUGUGCCCCGCGGGGUGCGGUCACGUCACACCUGAUGUAAAAGUAAUAGGAAUUGUGAAUAUUUAAACAAAAAUUGCAAGUGAUGUUUUUAUUUUUACAGCAAGAAUUUCCCAUGUUUUGGCGAGCGGUGUGCAGCGUCGCGGCGCACCGCCUCGCCGAGAGCCACUCUUCUGUUAGGUUCGUCAGAAAAAAUCGUUUAUUUGGGAGGGGCGGCCAGCCCCGGCGAGGAAGGCACAAGGUGCUAUUAAGUUUACGCAUUUUUAUAUCUUCAGAAACUCACUAUGUAAAUAAUAGUGUGUAAAAUCAUCUAUUUAACUUUAUAUCUCCGACUCCUUCCCGUUUCCUCUCUCCGCGCUGUUCCUCAUCCUGAUGAUUUACUCCUGUGUAGCCGCCGUUUUCUUCGUUCCCCGCGUCCCACCGUAGCCAGUCACUCCUGACCAUACUUUUGACUUAGCGAGUAACUAUAUUAAGGACGCUGCUCCGAAAACAUGACCUGCAGGCGGACGGUGUCACGCCAACAGUCAGUCAGUCAGUCAGUCGACGUAGAGUUAAGGCAACACACCAGAGGUCACCAGAGGUCAAGUCUACACACACACACACACACACACACACACACACACACACACACACACACACACACACACCAGAUCUUGCCUGUAGGAUCAUUUCAGUGUCAAGCUAGUCAGUGUGUAAUGUAGGAAAACAAUAAGUAAAAAAAAAUACAAAUUUCACUACACUAUGAAUAACUACUACUGCUGCUACUACUACUACUACUACUACUACUACUACUACUACUACUACUAUAAAUAAUCCAUACGUACGUCGCUGUUCAUUCAUUCAUUCAUUGCCCAGGAAGGUGAAUGGAAUCCAGUGAGCCGCGCCCGGAGUGAGCCGCCGCUUGGCGCGAGGCGAACACUCCCUUGGUCAAGGAAAAUGACCACUGCCAGUUUUCGUUUUCCGUGGUCUGGUCUGGGCUCGUCAUCGCCACCUGCCUUGCUUUCCUUCCCUCUUUCCUUCAGCUGCCUUCACUCCGUAUUUUAGACCCCACUAAAGACACUACCACCACCACUACUACUCCUACUACUAACACUAUUACUACUACUACUACUACUCACGUUUUAUGAGUGCUGUAUACAUUCGUCAUCUCUACUCAAUCCUGCAUUCGCUUCCCGCCCUCAGAAUUCGUGCUUGUGAACCUCCUUCCUCAUUGGUUGGAGUGCAUGUUAACCGGGCCUCUGAUUGGCUAAAAAUUAACCAAUAAGAAGGGUGGGUGUCCUUGCGAGUACCGGAAGAGCAGGACCGAGUAUAGAUGUUUGUAAAAUAAUCCAAGAAGUUUUUAUUUUCCAACUAAAAUUAGAGAGAAAAAAAUUAAUAAUAAUGCGUUUGUAUGGGAAUUUUUGCCAAAGAUUUGCUGCUUGUAUCUGUAAUGUACACAGAUCCAUAUUUAUAUUUCCUGCAAGAAGAGAAAGAAAAAGAGAGAAGAGAAAGAGUAGGAAUCAAGCUUUUCCUUUCUCUCUCCACGUUUCUUUAAUGUUGUACUAUAUGUGAUUUCUGUAAAUACAACUAAUAAUAAUGAAACAAACAAGAAAAAUAAGAAGAGAAAAAAAAACAUCAACUAUACAUUGCAAUUCUCACCAUGUAAAUAAUUAGCGUGUCCCUCCCCCCUUCCCUCUAACUCCCUCCUCCCUUGUAUAUAAUUGAUCAUAGUUCAGGAAAUGAUCGCAAAGGUAGACUCUUAAGGACUUGACUGAGAUGAGUUUUGCACCCUUGCUGACCCCGCUGAGUUCCCGCUGUCUGUUCAUCCGUUUUUUCCCCAACUUUUUUUUUUUUUUUUUUUUCCUCUUCUGAAUUUCCUUGGCGUUGAUGUGGGGGCCUCCUUUCGUUUUUCCUAUUUUUAUCUUGUAUUUUCAUUUGCAUUUUUUUUUUCGCAUUCAUUCUCUCUCUCUCUCUCUCUCUCUCUCUCUCUCUCUCUCUCUCUCUCUCUCUCUCUCUCUCUCUCUCUCUCUCUCUCUCUCUCUCUCUCUCGUAUAACUGAGAACUUACGCCCGUCCCCCCCCAAAAAAAGUCAUUAUCAUUUUCUAUCAGCUUACCUUAAUCUUCUUUCUUCUUUUUUUUAUACGUUCCUCUUUUAUCAUUCAUACCGGUGAAUUUUGAAGAUGUCUUAUGUUUUUCACAACAUUUAUUUUACAGUGAUUAUAUUAUUUUAACUGCAAGCAUCAGGUUGUUAUAGAUACGAAAUGUGUCUUGGUUGUAAUUCACGUUUGUUUGUUUUUUUUCACUAUCUUUUCUUUCCUUUAUGUUCAUUUAUCUUUUAUUUGGUCCAUUUUUCCCCCUCGCUUUUUAUAUUAUCUGUGUUACCUCAAUCACGCCUUCAACACAUAUACAUACACACACAUCAUUGUCCUCCUCCUGUCCUCUCCUCCUCCUCCUCCUCCUCCUCCUCCUCCUCCUCCUCCUCCUCCUCCUGUAGCAUCUUCCUCCAGAUCCACACGUCAAAUAACCCAAUACUAUAUAUAUAUAAAUAUGAAUAAUUGCCUCUCUUCUCUGCUUGGAUAAUAUCUGUUGGUCUCGAGGUGGUGGGUCUCGCGGCGCCUUGAGGGUCGCGCGGGGCUCACCCUCCCCCGACUGACCCCCAGAUUUGUAUGAUCAAUGGUCUUGGCUGUUUAUAAAUGAAAGUGUUUCUAUCAAAUAAAAAUGAAUUAUUUUGUA